AUGUGGAGAUGUCUCGUGCCUCUCGCGUGUCCUCUGCUGAUGUGUUUCUGCGGAGGUGUGUGUUUCGUGUGUCCGGAGAUCUGCCGCUGUUCUCAGAAGAGCAUCACCUGUAACAGCGCCACGGAGAGCCUGAAGAGCAGGACCCACAGCAGACUAGAUUUGAACUACAUCUCGGUGAGGACCAUCAGCGCUCACAGUUUCGACGGCCUGAAAGGAGUGAAAAGAAUAGAAAUCUCCCAGAGCAUAUCAGUGGAAACCAUAGAGACGGAAGCUUUCAACAACCUUCUGAAUGUCUCGGAGAUCUCAAUCCAGAACACAAGGAACCUGGUUCACCUCCAGCCGCGGGCCUUCAACCACCUUCCCAAGCUGAGAUAUCUGAGCAUCUCCAACACCGGCAUAAGUGUCUUCCCUGACCUGACCUCCAUUUUCUCCUUGGAGUCCGACUUCAUUCUGUAUAUUUGUGACAAUCUCAACCUGCGUUCAGUCCCACCAAAUGCUUUCGUCGGAAUGACGAGUGAAUACACCACCAUGAAUCUCUUCAACAAUGGAUUUCGAGAAAUAGAAAGCCAUGCCUUCAAUGGAACCAAGACGGACAAACUGGUAUUAAAGAACAACAAGCAUCUGCGUGUUAUUCAUGAAGACGCGUUUGAAGGAGCUUUCGGCCCCACUGUGCUGGACGUGUCCUCCACAGCGCUGGAGAUGCUGCCCUCUCGUGGCCUGGAGUCGGUGCUGAUGCUGGUGGCUCGCUCGGCGUUCGCCCUCAAGAGCCUUCCUCCUCUGAAGGGACUGAAGAGCCUGAGAGAAGCGCAGCUCACGUAUCCCAGCCACUGCUGCGUUCUGCUCAGCGGCGACUCGGACAGGGAGGGAUCUGUUGUCUCUGCAUUAGGAAAUGGAUCUUCAUACUGUGGUGACAACAAUUUGCCAGCUAAUCCCUCCGGCGAACCGGACCUUGCUGGAUCCACAUCAGCCGAGGACGCUUUCGGCAUCAUGGACUUCUAUUACUACGAUCUGAACCCGUGCCAGCCCCGACCGGCCCUCCAGUGCAGCCCCGAGGCCGACGCCUUCAACCCCUGCGAGGACAUCGCCGGGUUCGGCUUCUUGCGGGUGGCCAUUUGGUUCAUCAACGUCCUGGCCAUCGCCGGCAACCUGACGGUGCUGCUGGUGCUGUUCACCAGCCGCUGCAAGCUGACCGUCCCCAAGUUCCUCAUGUGCCACCUGGCCUUCGCCGACCUCUGCAUCGGCGCGUAUCUGCUCAUGAUCGCCGCCGUGGAUCUCAGGACGCGGGGGCGUUACAGUCAGCACGCCAUCGAGUGGCAAACCGGAGCGGGAUGCGGGAUCGCCGGGUUUCUUUCGGUCUUCGGCGGGGAGCUAUCCGUCUACACGCUGUCUACGAUCACCGUGGAGCGCUGGCACACGAUCACACACGCUCUCCGCCUGGAGCGCCGCCUGGGAUUGAGGCACGCUUCGACUAUAAUGGUCGUGGGAUGGGCGCUUUGUCUAGUAAUGGCUCUCCUGCCCUUGACGGGCGUCAGCAGCUACAACAAAGUCAGCAUGUGCUUGCCGAUGGACAUCGAGACGCCUCUAUCCCAAGCUUACGUCAUACUCCUCUUGCUGUUCAACGUCGGGGCCUUCCUGGUGAUCUGCGGCUGCUACGUGUGCAUUUACGGCGCCGUCCGCAACCCAGAGUUCCCGGGACGCACCGCCGACGCCAAGAUCGCCAAGCGCAUGGCCGUGCUGAUCUUCACCGACUUCCUGUGCAUGGCGCCCAUUUCGUUUUUCGCCAUCUCCGCCGCCUUCAAAGUCCCGCUCAUCACGGUGACCAACUCCAAGAUCCUCCUGGUGCUUUUCUACCCCAUCAACUCGUGCGCAAACCCCUUCCUCUACGCCAUCUUCACCAGGGCCUUCAGGAAGGACGCGUGCAUCCUUCUGAGCUCCAUGGGCUGCUGCGAGAGCAAAGCCAACCUGUACCGCAUGAAGACGUACUACUCUGAAAACAUCAACCGAAGCAAAAGCAGCUCCGGCUCCAACGCGAACUCCAAAGCUCCUCGCGCCGUCGUGUGGAUGUCCAGCUUUCCCCAUCUGACAGCUCGACCGCAGACGCAAAGAGUCUAGAGAAACAGAUGGUUUUCUUGGAGUCCUGCCCUUGAACUUUGUUCAGUCUUCUCUGUGAAGGUGACAUGCUUUUCAGAGAGCAAUGCAACCCAUUUUCUUACCUCUCAAUGCAUCGACUUAGAAAUCAGAAGACACUUUUAAAAGUGAAUACUGUGCCUAGAAAGGCUAUUAUUAGUGAGUAAACGCAUCUAAAAGUAGCAAGUCACAUCCAGAUCUACAUGUUUCAGACCUUAGAUCUUUUUUGUUUUUACUGUGAACUGCCAAGCAUCGGUCAUUUUCAGAAACUCUUCAAGCUUUUUAGCCUUUUGUUGUCCGAACUCAGCCCGAUCGUUGUUUUGCAUAAUUGCUGUAAAAAGUUUAAUUUGUAAGUUUAACGUGUUUCCUUAUUUAAGUUACGUAUCUACGUUAUAACUUAACUAGGUGUUAUCGCUGAUGUUUGAAGAUCAGACUGGAUUAUGUUCUUUAUUGUCUGAGAUGUUGUUUUAUGUCACGGAAUAGCGCCACUAUGUG